AGGCAGCGGGCGGUAGCAGCUUGUUUCGUUCCUGUGACUGACGGAGAGCUAACGGACAGUCACGGACGAGCUCACCGGGACAGGUAGCUGUCGGCUCACACGGACUCACUGAUCGGUGAUCAGCCUCUACGGGAGCCCGGGAGGAGCGAGCCCGCCAGCCGGAGAUGCGGAGGGAUUUCCGGAGAGUGGGCGGUUUGAGAAAUACCAAGAGUUUAAUCUGUGGACACGCCGCCGUGUGAUGGGCGCUUUAUCGUUCCGUGGCAGGAAAGUGAAAGCAGCUGCUGUCUGUGCGUUCAGGAGCUGAAGCUGAAGCUCGGCAGAUGUGCUCCAGCUGUCAUGACUCCUCUCCUCUGGAUGCUCUCGUGGGUGCCUGUGGUCCUGCCAGCUGUGGGUGAGCUCCCGACACCCAUCAACGUCACCCUGACCUCACUGAACUUCACUUAUAUACUGAAAUGGGAGGCGGGGCCAGACACACCUGAUGGAGUCCACUAUAAAGUUACCUAUGUGCCUUACAGGAAUCAUUUGUGGGACCCAGUGUCCGGCUGUGAGUGCGUGCAGAAGCCUCUGGUUUGUAACCUGACAGCGGUGUUCUCUAACCCGAUGAUGGCAUACCUCACGAGGGUUACAGCUCACCUGGGAGAGCGGGCCUCACCUCCAGGAAACAGCCAGUAUGGCCAGUAUGGAUUCAAACCCGUCUCACAGCUGAGCCUCCCGCUGCUGAGCGUCACACCCAGCGGCAGAGACCUGAGGGUGGAGCUUCAGCCGUCCGUGGAGAGAUUCAAGGACGCCUACAAAAAGCUCAGUUACGAGCUGCAGCUCAGGAGCAGCAAAGACAAGCCACAGAACAUAACGAUUCCGUCUCUGAUGCACCUGUGGGAUAACCUGGCGCCCGGCAGGCAGUACUGCGUCGCUGUGCGAUUCAACGACAAAACUGAGAAUCUUUAUUCCCACUUCAGCCAGCCUAAAUGUGCUGUGAUACCAACCAUCUUCUCUGCAGAUCCGCUGAUCUCGGGAACAUUGUGCUUGAUGGUGAUCGUCAUAGUGGUCUUCGUCAUCUUGCUGAUCUGGACCGGGUACAUCUGUCCGAGAUGGAGGCCGCUGCCCCUGGUCCUGACCACCAUCCAUAGCCUGGACCAGGUGCAGGUCCGUGAUCGCUGCAUCAUCUCCCUCCUGAGUGUUGAGCCGCCGGCGCCCUCUGCAGGCAAGAAGAGAAGCAGCCAUUCUUCAUCGGACGAGAGCGAUGAGGACGGUGAGACGGAGAGCACCGGCGUCAGCGCGGGAGGGGCGUACACAGAGCGGGGGGGCGCUAACCCCCUCUCCUCUUCAUCAUCGUGUCUGUCCCAGCCCAAACCGCCGCCUGACCUCUCCUCCAAUCAGCUGCCGUCCUCACAGAGUGAUGCCCAGAUUUCAACAGGAAGUCCACCCAGAGCUGGCCUGGAGCUGAGGACCGACUGUGGAGGAAGAGCAAAGGAGGAGGAGGAGGCCCAGGAUGUGAACCUCCUCACGCUAACUUUUGGCAGGGUUGAACAGGAGGAGGAAGAGGAGGAGGAAGAAGAGGAAAAAUCAGACCUCAAUGUGCAGGAGGUGGAGUUUGACCCCGUGCUUCCCACGGAGGACACCACAAGAGCAGUGUAUGAAGAUGAGGAGGAGGAGUGUGGAUAUAUGGGGCGCCCCCGUGUCGUUGUGUCCUCAAACCCACAAACAACAGGCUUAUCAGCCACUUUGAGGCAGUUUAACUUUGGCACAGUCUAUGGAGGCACGAUGGGGCUGUGGAUGCUGCUGCUCCUGCAUUUACACCUGGUGAGGUGCAUUUCCCUUUCUGCACCCACCAAAGUUUCCAUCUCUUCCUUCAACAUGGAGCACACCCUCAGCUUCCUGCCAGGCCCCCAGACCCCCUCCGACGCAAGCUUCACAGUAGAAGUUCUCUGCUCCAGGAAGCAGUCAUGGAAACCGGUGGCUGCCUGUGUGGCACUGAAGGCCGGGCAGACGUGCGACCUGACCAGAGCCUUCAAGGACCCGCUCGACCAUUACGUGGCUCGUGUCCAGGCCUUCACGGACACCUGGAGGUCCAACUGGACCGAGGCAAAACACUUCCAGCCGCUGUCAGACACUGUGAUUGGACCUCCUGACAUGGUGGUGUCUGGAUGUGGGAACUGUUUAAUCCUGCACCUCACAUUUCCGGUGACCCAGGUGAUCGACUACCUGAAGGAGUCCUACGCAGACUUGAUCCUCCAUGUGCGAAGAACCCGGGAUGGAGCACAGUUCACACUGCACAUGCCGUACUCUGAGGAGACUGUGAUCAGGUACCUGCAGAGAGGUGUGGAGUACUGUGUGACCGUCUCCGUCAGGCAUUUCUACACCACAGCCAUCCCGAGCGAGCCUCACUGCGCCUUCACCAGCCCCCCUCCAAGCACCACCUCACUGUACAUGGUCUUGGGCCUGCUGGGUUCCUUCUGCGUGCUGAUGUUUCUCCUGACGGUGCUGGUCGUCUGUGGCAGUCAGCUGACCCUGAAAUGGCGCCGCCCCCAAACUCCGUCAUAUGUCCUCUUCUACCACCGUGGAAAUGCUACGCCUGGACUCUUGCAUCAAAUCUCAAAUGAUAGCAGCUCCUCCAACCAGCUGAAGAGGAGCUGCUCAGAGGAGCCGGAGCGAGGCUGGAGACCAGAGGAGCCUAUUUAGCUGGAGCCGACUCGGCUCAGUGGGUGUGAGGGCUUCAGGAUUAGUGGGGGAAAAGAUACAUAACCUCUGAAGUCCCAUAAGGUCAUUUUUUAAAAUCUCCUGCAAGCAAAUUAAUGUCUUACAAAGAAGCAGGUGAUAUGUUGGAGAAAUAAGAAAAUAACUGAUUCCCACAAGAUACGGUCAGAUCCCCCACAGUGGACUUUAAAUCAGUCAGGAUGUGAUUGAAGUGCAGACUUUCUGCUUUAGUUAACAAAAUGUGCCAUAAAGUGUUUAAGAAUUACAGCCAUCUUUAAACAGGCCCACAUUUUCAGAGUAUCAGUAAGUACAAGGAUUGUUCUCAUCCAUCCACCCACCCAUCCACUUCUGAGUGUCUGAAAAUGGGGAACUGGUUCUAAAUCUGGCUGUAAUUCCUCACCAGCUAAUGCAGUACUUUAGUUAACCCCCAUGAACUGAAGCUGGACGUCUGCACUGCUGCUGCACAGAGGCAAAACUACAAAAACCAGGUCACUGUCCAAAAACCUGUGGACCUGAUCUGUGCACAGGUCAUUCUUUUGUGCACAGACUGUUCUCACAUGAACAUGAUCACACGAGGAAACAAGUCCCACAAGAAUUAGUUCCCACCCUCCUCACUGUAACUAUGUAACCUGUUAUAAUCCUGACAAUAUUUACCAUUUCUUCUAAAUCUGGGUACAUUUUCUGUAGUUUUAUAACACAGAGCAGGUCUUUAACAGGGACAGGAAGUGAAAAUAGGAAUAACCCUAAAAACUUAGUGUUACUGUGUGUUUAUAUGUGAAGUGUCACUGUGAAGCCUUCCUGCAUUCCUUCUUUUCUUUGCUAAUAAGUCGAGCGAUGCUUUUAUUCUCACCGUGACUGCCAUCAGGCCCAGUUCAACUGGUUUUCUGGGAAGUGAUGGCUCAGAAAGGUGGAGCCAUCUGAGCUCCACCCUGAUGAUAUCAAAGCUUGUGCCUGUCCUCAAAUUCUGAAUGAACUUUAAUGUGAUUGUUUUGAAAUAAAGGAAGCUGUCUGUAAA